AUGGCUAGCUUAAUGCCGUCGCUUGCGAUGGACCUGCUACAAGAAGAAGGCGGUCACGAGGACAUUCUACCCGAGGACUUCGUCGGCGUCGGCGUCGUGGGAGAUGCAGACGACCCGGAGUUGGCCGCGUUGGUGGCCGGGGCGCUGAAGACGGUGGACGCGCUGUCCGACGACGACGACGACGAGCUCAGCUGCCCGAUCUGCUUGGAGGAGGACGACGCCGCGGCGUGGAAGGAGACACCGUGCGGGCACCGGUUCCACAGGCGGUGCGUAGAGAGGUGGCUGCGGGAGAAAGAGAGCUGCCCCAUGUGCCGUCGCGAGAUCGUCACGAUGCCCGCCACCACCGCAGAAUGUGCUGCUGCUUUCCUAGAUUUCUUGUGGGUGGCUGCCUUGCGGUUGCAUGUGUUUGGCGACGGUCCUCCUGUGGACGACAUGGAAACUGAUGAUGAUGAUGUUGCUUAG